CUCUCUCUCUCUCUCUCUCUCUCCUUUCUUCCUCAUUCCAAAGCCUUUUUGGCAAAACAAUUAUUUAGUUCACGAGCAAGCACUUCCUCCCAAAAAAAAAAAAAAUCAAAAAAAGGGCAUCCACAAGCAAGAGUUUUUCAAAAGGGGAAAAAUUGAAAGAGGAAAUUCUUGAAACAGAACAAAAACGCUAAAACAAAAUCUCUGACAUUGCUAGAGAUCUAAAAUACUCAAGUUGUGGCCGAGAUCCAAAGCCCUUAGCUACCUCUCUUCUCUUCUUUUCUUCUAAAUUAAACCACCCCUUUACUCCAAGUUCUUCUAAUUCACACCAAUUAGAAGAACGAAGGAAAAAAAAAAAAGUUUCCUUUUUUUGAUCAAUCUUCUUCACAUCAAUAGAAAGCAAGAUUACCCAAUUGAGUCCUUUUGUAAAUUUUAUGCAAAGUUUGAAACUUUAGGGCAAAUUUUUGUUUUUGGGAUUGUGUACUUUAUCUACUUCUAUUUUAAGAAAGAAGUGGGAAAAAAAAUAGGGUUGAGAAAUUUAUAAUGCUUACCUUGUCACCUAUUAGGAGUGGCAACAAAGAUGAGAAACAAGGAGACAUGGAGAGGUUUGAUGAUUUUCCCAACUUUGAUGAUGAUACAAUUUUGCUUGACAGCAUCAACUUCGAUGAUCUUUUUGUGGGAAUCAACGAUGGAGAUGUGUUGCCUGAUUUGGAGAUGGAUCCUGAACUCCUCGCUGAAUUCUCCGUUAGUGGUGGUGAGGAGUCGGAAGUCAACGCUUCAUCGGUAUGUUUAGAAAAAUUCGACGACAAUACAUUAAAGAUUAUUGAUAAUAAUAAAGAUGAUGAUGAAGAUGAGAAAGAUUUGGAUUCGAGAUCUUGUGAACAAGUGGUGGAUCAAGAGAUUUUGAGUAGACGAGAUGAUGAAUUGGCCACACCAACUAAUAUUAUUGAAGAAGGCAACCCUUUGGUGAAAGAUGGUGGCGAUAAAAUUCUUAAACCCCAAAAGUGUUCUUCUCAAUCCAAAAAUUCUCAAGGCAAGAGAAAAGUUAAGGUGGAUUGGACUCCGGAGCUGCACCGGCGGUUUGUGCAAGCCGUUGAGCAAUUGGGAGUGGAUAAGGCAGUUCCUUCUAGAAUAUUGGAGCUUAUGGGAAUUGAAUGUCUCACUCGCCAUAACGUUGCUAGCCAUCUUCAAAAAUAUAGGUCGCAUCGAAAACAUUUGUUGGCUCGUGAGGCGGAGGCGGCGAGUUGGAGUCAAAGGCGGCAGAUGUACGGCGGCGGUGGAGGUGGUGGAGGAGGGAAGAGAGAGGUGAGUCCAUGGGUUGCACCCACCAUGGGAUUUCCGCCCAUGACGCCCAUGCACCCUCAUUUUAGGCCUUUACACGUGUGGGGUCAUCCUUCUAUGGAUCAAUCUCUAAUGCACGUGUGGCCUAAGCACCUCCCACAUUCACCAUCUCCGCCACCUCCAUCCACUUCUCCGCCAUCUUCAUGGUCACACGCCGCCGUUCCUCCUCCCCCUGACCCUUCUUACUGGCACCACCACCACCACCAACGGGUUCCAAACGGUUUAACCCCAGGAACGCCAUGCUUCCCACAGCCAAUUCCGACCACGAGAUUUGGUGGGGCAGGUUUCUCGGUAAUCCCACCGCCUCAUCCGAUGUACAAAGCAGAGCCCACCAGCAGUACCACCACCGUCGGCCGUUCUCCGUCUCACCCGCCCCUCGACUCGUAUCCAUGGUGGAUUUGGCAGUCAAAAGAGAGUGUUGACUCAGCGAUCGGAGAUGUUUUAGCAAAGCCAUGGCUACCACUUCCUCUUGGAUUAAAGCCUCCGUCUUUAGACAGUGUGAAAGUGGAACUCCAACGACAAGGCAUUCCUAAAAUACCACCCACUUGUGCUGCUUAGCUUCUUCAUCAUCAUCAUUAUCAUCAUCCCAACGAGCUGGAAUUUCAUUUUCCCUAAAGCUAGCUCUUCCAUUAAUUUGACGACAUCUCUCUCUCUGCUGCAUUUUGCAUAUAUUAUCUUUUCUAAAUGCAUCUACUACUACUAUUACCCUAUUCUCGCCACUUUGCUUAAUUAUUAUAUUAUUAUUAUUGUAUCUUGUAUUAACAUUAGCUAGAGAAACUUUUUCUUUUUCUUUUUCUUUUUCUUUUCUUCUUUUUUGUAAUAAUAAUUCCAACACUAAUAACGAAUAAAUAUUAAUAAUUAGAGACUUUUUCCCCAC